CAAGCCCGCACCCCACCUCCCAAUGCCACCACGGGGGAGUGGGGAGAGGGUAGAGAAGAUGGGGGAUGGGGGGAAGGGUGUGAGUGUGUGUCUGAUGCCCCAGCCAGCCAGGCAGUUGUGGUCUACCCAGUGGUCUGAGCGCAAGGAUCUGUACAGCCCCGUUGGAGACCGAGGAGCGUUGCAUCCACCCCUAUGUACUGUGUGGUCCGUGAUCCUUGUGCUGUUAGUGCGGUCAUGGUGGGAUCAGGUCACGAGACAGGCAAGAAACAUAGUGUGGCAGCGACCAUGUUCUUAUUUCUUCGACCGAUUCUCAAAGCCAAGGUGGUGAUGAGGGAGAAGAAAGGCGGAGCGCUCAGCAAGGUACAGAAGCUCAAGAGACGCAUAUCGCACAGCUUCGGCAAGUUAGCGAUAUCCAAGCAUGAGGACUACAGGCGAGAGUACAGAAUGCCGGCCAUUUCGAAAAGCGAGGAUUUCGAGAACGGCUUCAGAAUGUCGGCCGUGUCCAAAAACGAGGACGACGAGGACCUUUCCGUGUCGGGCCUCAAGCUGAACGGCUUCUCGGACGAGUACCUGGACAGAAUAGAACCGAACGGCAACAUCCCCGACAAGGACUGCGGUGAGUACCCUGGGUCACCAGUCUGUUGCCGUAACAUAUGUAACGGCGACUGUGUUUGA